AUGGCUCGCAAGAAGGUGACCCUCAAGUACAUCGCCAACGACUCCACCCGGCGCUCUAGGUUCAGGAAGCGUCUCAGGAGCCUGAUGAAAAAGGCGACCGAGCUGGCCACCAUGUGCGAUGUCAAGACCUGCGUCGUGGUGUACGGCGAGGGCGAGGCGGAGCCUCAGGUGUUCCCUUCCCACGCCGAGGCGGUGGAUAUCCUGAAUGAAUUCAAGAGCAUGCCGGAGCUGGGCCAUUGCAAGAAGACGAUGGACCAGGAGGCAUUCCUCACCCAGCGCAUCGCCAAGCUCCGGGACCAGGUGGACAAGGCUCGCCGCGAGUGCCAGGACAGCGAGAUCAGGUACCUCCUUUACAACAUCAUGCACGGCAACCACCCAGGCCUCGUUGAUCUCAGCGCCGAGGACGUCGCCCGCGUUGGCUGGAAGGUGGACGAGCUACUCAAGAGCCUCGGCGAACGCAUGGCAAAAAACCAUGUCCAGGCGCCGCCGCCAGCUCCAUCCGUCAGCACCGACAGCAUCGACAUGGCGCCUCCCUCGCAGUAUCUGACGUCACCACAGCAGGAGGAAGGUUGGCUUGACAUGGUGAGCUCCGGUGGUGACGUCGGCACCCUGGUCUACGGUGGCAACGCCAGCCACGACGGCGCCGGCUUCUCCGGCGCUGAUAUGAUGAUGGAGACGCCAUUCUCCGAUCUGGGGUUCAGUUCGAGACCUUUCCCUCCCAUGUAAGCCAGGAGGGAUGAGGAUCUCCAGCCGCUGUGCAUGGCCAGCUAUCGUGCGAUCGAUCUCUCGUUAUUUAUUUAGUUUCCUGAAGGUGUUAUAUUAUUCAUCUAUGUGCGUCGUUGUAUUCAUCUUGCUCUCUGAGCCAACUCUCGUUUUUUGUUGUAAUGUUGUUAUUGAAUUUUUAUUCAGUUGAUC